ACUCCAUAAUUAUUAAAUUUAAAGCUUUUGCAGUUUUGCCAUAGGGAAAAGAGUUUGAUUUUUUAUAAGAAAAAGAAAAUGGCUAAGCUUUUCUCCACCUUGGUUGUCAAUGGAAUCUUUAACGCUAUCUCCAGACGAGGAUAUUCGGCGGCGGCGUCAGCGUCACGAGGUGUUGUUUCGAGUGGAGUAAGAGGAGGAGCGGCAAGCAACGCUGCGGUGGCGAAGCAAGCAAGGGAAGAGACAAAAGAGAAGGUUUCGUGGGUUCCGGACCCGGUUACCGGAUGUUAUAGACCGGAGAACUGUGGGAACGAGAUUGAUGUCGCCGAGCUCAGAGCCGUGCUGUUGAAGAAGAACUAAAUAUGUUAUAAAGUACACCAAACGAUAAAAUCGUUAAUAAUACAAUGGAUUGACGAGGCUGUGUCCGUGACUCUGUUCCGAUUUUAUCUGCCGGAGGCGGUGUCUUAAAGGAAGAAUGUUAUAUGCUGCACCAUUCUUUGUAUACAACGACAUAGAUUUGAUGCUGUAAUAUUUUUUUCUUCACUUCCGAACCAAGCAAUAAGAAAUUAGUACUAAUUACUUA